UCCAUGGUGCAGCCGGUGGCGGUGGAGGUAAAAAAUUAUGGUGUUUUUUCACCAAUCCCUGUGAUCGUGAGAUAGAUGCGGACUCGACUCGUACUAUCUAACUACUGUAUCUUGACAAAAGUGAAAGAAGUCACCUUGUGUUGUUUCACAUCUUCGUGUGGCUAGCUGGCAUCGGCAAAUCUAAAGCAAUAUCCAAUUGGCCAAGGUUGUAGAACGAAAUGGGAUGGUGAAUCCAAUCAGAAUUAUUUUGCCGAAGCUCACGUGAGGCAUGCGGGCAACGUCGAUCUGCAGUACCGGUGCAUGCAUGUACUGUAGCUGUUUUUGAAUCUGUUCGAGUACUAGUAGUAGUUGGAAGAAAUCUCCACUGGACGCAGAACAAUGAUGCCCUUUCGCCGAGCCAUUCUGCGGGCUGACUCGCUGCUUUGCCAUGCUCGGCGAGCGCAGAACACCCAUCAAGUUGGUCAAAUGACAGGAGUGCUGGCGCAGCGCUUGGUAAGAUUUUGCAGUGAGAGCAGUCCAGCACCAUCUGUCGAAGACAAGCCCAGUAACAGCAGUAAGAGCAGCAGUGACGCCAGUGGUAGCAGCGGGGCCGGUGCUGACCAAGGAGCGGCGGCGGCCAGCAUACCAGCGCUACUCGAGGCUGAGAAGCUGAACUCGAUGAGUGCCACUGCUUUCACGUCGGAGCUGCAGCCGACUCUGCGCCAGCCCGGCCUGGAUAGCAAGCUGGUCGCUGGCACCAUCCAGGCACAUAUCAAAGAAGGGAGGCUGACGCUGAACGGACUGCUGCACGUGGUACGUAUCGCCAAGGCUACGGACUCCGCACCCCUGGCUACGGCCGCGGUCCUGUCGCUGCAGCUCGACAAGGAGGUGGAGAGCGUGAGCGACGACCAGUUGGCGGUCGUCAUCGACGCGCUGUGCUCGUUUAAGUCGCUGCAGACGUCGGCGACGUUCUGGGUGCAGCUGACGUGCAAGCGCAUACAGGGCGAUACCCCGCGCGUUCCCUGGGUCUACAACACGGCGUUGCGGACGGAGCAGGUGGCCGCGCUCAGCGCCGUGCACAGCGCUGCCGUCAGCCACCUGCUGGAGAGAGGCAACGGCGUCUUCAUCGACAGGGCUCUCUACGCGCUGCUAAGUCCCGGCGCUCCCAAGGAGCUGUCGGGCGACGUGUUCUCCACCCUGCUCGACGGGCUCAGACAGACGCGGCCCUAUCGCAGCUGGUACAUGAUGCUCAUCCACAUGUCGCUGAGCAAUCUCAACUGGGCGGUGUCCGCCGAGAAACGCCGGGAAAUGCUGAAUGAGCAGCUGGGCGAGCAGCUGGACGACCUGGGUCAUCGCUUCCUAGACGCCGUCACGGCCACCAUUCCGCCAGUGCCGCGCGGUAGCAACAGGUCAGUCACGAAGGAGUCGCUCGAUGUGCUGCGUGCCCUACCAGCCAGGCUGGCCCUGCCGAUGACCGUCUGCUACUUGUCCAGCUUUAAGGACGACGCCGACUCGAUUGGCAAGAAGAGCGCGCUGGAGGCUCUCGAUGGCAUCGUGAAAGACAAUGGUCUUAAGACGCUGUCCGUCCCUACACUGAUCACGUAUCUAUCCUCCUUUUGGCAGCCACUCGUACAGCUUCUACUCGGUGAACUGACGGAGCGUGCCAAGGCAGUUGAGCUCGGCAGCUGCCUCGAGCUGGACAAGAACUCUGUCUUCUUCCUCGCGAGUGCACUGAGCAAUGACGAGGUGACACAGCACUUUCGUGAGCGGGAGAUGCGCGAACUGUUGCUGGCGUCCCUAUUCAGCCCCGCGCUACCUCUAGCCGGUGAGAGUGCGGCGCGUGCUCGGAGAUACCUGGAUACGAUACAGCACCUUCAGAUCCCUGUCAGCGAGUUUAAAUAUGGCCACGCCGUGCUGGACAUUGUGUGCCAGCUUACGCAGAAAAGCACUGACGACUGCAGGAAGAUGUUGCUUGGGACGGGAAUCACCUUGGGGGAGGAGCCCUGUGAGGCCGACAAGAAUGUGCGCGUGGUGGCGCAGAAUGGCUGGGGCUCCGCAAUAACCCAUGUAUUGCCUCGUAGUAAACUGCUUGCUCGGCCAUCGUCAAGGAAGGAGAAGCCCGCUGCCGCGAGUGCCCCGAGUCCGUCGGUUCGCGAGCAGCAGCCACAGCACGGAGGCCAGGAGCCGCCGCAGGGCUAUCAGAGCAUGCAACGGAACGAUCACGCGCACGCCAUGCAGUUCCACGCCACCGGCGCUCAAAUGCAGCUCGUCCAGCAGCAGCAGCUGCAGCACAUGGUAUCCAAGCGGCAGGAACAGCAGCUGCAGCAGCAGCACCAACAGCAGCAGCAUACGAUGGUCAAGCACAAGCACAUGGCGGCCCUGCAGCACCAUGAGAUAGUCCAGCAGCAAGCAAACGCCCCCUUCGCAGGUACGCUGGACAGAAACGGAGCGGGCCCUUCCCGAAUAGAACGUGCCCUCAAGUCAACGAGCAAAGCAGAAAGCACGCAAACAACUGGCACCCCUUCGCAGCAGCAGCAGCAGCAGCCUGAUGAUCUGCUGGAUAUACGUCACCUGCUCGCCGACGGCGAUUUCUGGGAGCAGCAGGUCAGCGUGCUCGACCUGCAAAAGCAGCGCCUGUCGCACAUGCGCGCCGAACACCAGCAGACGGCCGUGUGGCUGAUGCAGGAGGAGACGUGGCUGAAGGAGCACGAGGAGCGCAUCGCACGGUACGCCCGCCUUGCGCGUGCGUCCGCAGAGCGACAACAGGAACAGGCGCGGCGGCGCCAAGCGGAGACGGCGGUGUUGCAGCAACAGCAGCAGCAGCAACAACAGCAACAGCAGCAGCAGGCGCAACAACUCUGGCAACAGCAGCAGCGCAGCGCCAUGCGGUCCACAUCCCAGCAGUCGCAUACUUCAGGUGACCAGUCACAAUCGGUCUUCCAGCUCAGUCAGAAGCCACACGUUUGGAAUACGCAGCAGCAGCGACAGCAGAACCAGCAGCAACAGCAGAUCCAGCAGCAGCAGCGUAAUGAACCUGGGCAACAGCCCGUCGAUUCUGACGCUGGCUGGAGCCAAUGGAGCUCCAUGCCCGACCAGAACGGUACGAAUUCUGGGAGCAGUCAGCAGCCCAGCACGGCAACUCAACCGCAAGCUGGUAGCGCGGCGCCAGAAGCAUCUGCCACUGCGCCCGCUGCAAACACCGAGGAGCUGAAGGCUCGUUGCGAGGCUGCGCUCGUCCAGUCGUUUUUGUACAACCUGCACAAUCCGAUGGCCGAGGACGUUUAGACUGCACACACUCUCUCUCCCUCUGCUGGACCUGCUGGAUGUACGUUAUAUUUGAUCCAUGACGGUGACACUUGAUGAAGUGCGUGCCAGCACGUUCAAUCCUGGACGUAACACACGAGGGAAGAUGCAAGUGUGCUUGCAUUGCAGUUUACUGGACCCCGUCUAAGUCGCCGCGUUUCCUGUACCAUGCCCAGCAGCCCAGAACACGGUCAACCAGAGUCCAGAGCUCGUGUGCAGUCGUUGCCAUUGCCCCAGUGUCCGUCCGUUAGAGCUGCCCGCGUCAUGUCUUCCGCUACCCAUCGGGUGCCGUGCAAUGGUGGUGUUCUCGAAUUCUCUGCUGAACACUUGACACGUCCGGAGCGGCCGCAGCGGUCGUUCCAGUGUGUUCGCUGCGUUCCGAAACCUGCGCAGCGCUAGCUGUCAUUUGGACUGUUGCCGUGCGGUGGUGGCUUCCCGUGAUCUGAGUGCUAAGCUGGACUUACCGCGCGAUGCACCAGGUUUGGGCCACCCGUAGUAUCCAGCCACUUGUGCUGCUUUCCCCGGUGUGAUGAGAGCUCACGAGAAAGUUUUUUUUUUAGCAAACGGUUGCCUUGAAUGGUCUUUGGGCCCGCGGUACCAGUCUCACUCCGAGUCACAAUCUAGUGAUGAGCAGGCCUGGCGCUCGCUGACUUCUUUUUUCUUCUUUUUUUUCUGCCUCGGUUUCACUUUGUGUUUGGUGCCGGUCACUGGACAUUGCCGAUAUAGCCGACAACAGUGGCUUUCAGAUCCCAUCAGGCCGAUCUGGUUGUAUAGCUUGCUUGACUUGACUGUCUUAGUCUGUGAAUCUCGGCGUGCUUGGCAGUACCAAAACACCUACGCCCGGGUCAGCGCUGUCACUAGAUGCCGACGCACGCGGCAUUGCAGCCGCGUAGCCGCCGUCGGUUUUGCCUAUAACUUGCUGUGGGAAUCUUGCGCGCUCGUUACGAUUUCUACCGUGUCUCUGAUAUUGUUGAGUGCUGGCCAGUGCAACCCUUUUCUACUACUUAACUCGUUCGAGAACUGCCCGACGAAUUUCACCUCGGACGUGUGGAUAAAGCUGGGCGUCCAAGGGCUGCUUAUCCCGGAUGAUGCGCCCGUAGAUGUGUCUCACUAGCCAGCCAGCAAGCACAUGGCCGGUCGCCUACUAGGAAAGUCGAAGAUCAACAACUAUUGUGUAACAUCUCCAUUCGAUUACUAGUAUUGAACUGCAGUGACAAUGCGCUUUGCACUUUGUCAUUAUAAUCUCACUCAUGAAUAUUACUGUAAACUGGCUGGUGGCUGGCCGUUUGGUUCAGCAGUGGCAUUCUGAUUUAUUUCCGGCGUGCAUUUGCUCCGAUAUAAUUUGAACUUUUGCUGUUGUGGAUUUUAGUAACACCUGACAAUAUAAAUUUGUUCCCUACUAAAGAGUGCACAAGAAAAGAACGCUCCGAAUAUGUUUU